AUGGAUCUUCAUCGGAGCUCGAUUGUACUGUUGAUCCUUUCGAUUUUAUCUCCGGUGACGCUCUCUAUGCGUUACGAGCUACUUUCUGGGCACACGAAAUGCAUCUCCGAGGAGAUUCACGCCAACGCCAUGUCCGUCGGUAAAUACAGCAUCGUAAACCCUAACGAAGAUCAUCCUCUUCCUGCUUCGCACAAAAUCACCGUCAGGGUCACAUCGCCGCAAGGAACGGCUUAUCACGAGGCGGACGGAGUGGAUUCUGGGCAGUUCUCGUUAACUGCGGUGGAAACAGGGGAUUACAUAACUUGCUUCUCCGCCGCCGAGCACCAACCGGAGACGAUGAUGACCAUUGACUUUGAUUGGAGGACGGGUAUUCAUACCAAAGAGUGGUCUAAUGUGGCCAAGAAGAGCCAAAUCGAAAUGAUGGAAUUUGAGGUUAAGAGGUUAUUCGAAACAGUUACUUCCAUCCACGAUGAGAUGUUUUAUCUCCGCGACAGGGAAGAAGAAAUGCACGAACUGAACAAAUCAACACAUUCGAAGAUGGCAUGGCUGAGUUUUUUGUCACUCGGGAUUUGUUUAUCGGUCGCAGGUCUUCAAUUUUGGCACUUGAAGACUUUCUUCGAGAAAAAGAAGCUCAUCUAA